UGGCCUGUCGUUUGCAUCCUUUCCCGAGCCCCGAAGAUCCAAGGCCACAGGCACUUGCUAGUGUUAAAUGAAUAAUGCGCAUGCGCAAGUCACGUCAUCCGGGAGUUCUGUGCUUCGCGCGAAAUGGAGUCGGAGUAAACAUCGGAGCUGUGAAGAAAAUUCAACAUUGCCAUGCAGCUGCGCCACAAAGUUGUAGAGGGGAGGGCACACCAUGCUGCCCACAGCAGCAGUCAUAAAGAGGUCAGGAGCUGCAACCCUGUGAAAUCACCAUGUAAUUCUAUAAAAAGACAACACAAACGACGGAAAGCAGAGGCUUCAGAAGCAAGCCGAGAUACACCAAUCAAGAGAAGAGCUGUAAACUCUCAGUCUGGUGGUUUGGCUGCUUCUGUCAUCAGUCGACCUUCGGGUUUUGGCUCCACACCCUUGAAUAUUGCAGACUCUCUGAUUGCAUCAUCACCUCUUCCCAGUCAGCACUGCAGUCGCAAAAAGAGAUCAAAAAGCAAAGCCAAGCCUGUGAAUUCUGUAACAUCAGAGUCUGGCAGUCCCCCACGCACCACACUUAUGGGCACAAUUUUCUCUCCCCUGUAUCCACCAUUUGUACCCAAUGAAGUUGAGGAAUGUGAGCUGGCAAUGGAAGUCAUUGCUAGAACUCUUGAUCUUGACCUGGAGGGUGUAGAAGUGGAUGUGGACACGGAUGCUGAGCACUCCAGCAAGGAGAAUGAAGACCCUGAGAGGUCAGGCAUCACAACAGAGUGCAAGUCAGGAAGUGAUAAAACCUAUGAAGAAAAUAAUAACUCCACAUCAACAGUCAGCAUUGCCAGCUCUUCUGGUGCAACCACAUCAACAUCUUUGUAUUCCUCAACAUUAGAGGUGUCUUUGGCAUCCAUUACAGCAGGAUCACAAAUGACGGGCGCUUACUCCAUGGCUGACUCAACAGUUCUCUCUCUCCAUCACCACCAUAAUCACACUCAGAGUGGCACUGUCACUGCUGCCACUAGCACCAGCACCAUGACUGAAGCUGUGGCAGUCUUUACACCAGGGGAUGGGGGAGAGUGUGAAGGGCUGGAGGGCGGUGACGUGGAAUGUGCCAGUUUCACUGUAGCCCAAGAAGAGAGCCAAGAGGAAAACUAUGAAUGGGACACAGAACCCUAUGACCCUUAUUCCAUUAUUCGGAGUUUGCCACCAUUGACAGAUGAACUGCGUGCUCGUCUGCCAGCUCUUCCUUUGAAAACACGAAGUUCACCAGAGUUCUCCCUUGUUCUUGAUUUGGAUGAGACCUUAGUUCACUGCAGUUUGACUGAGAUGGAGGACGCUGCAUUUUCCUUCCCAGUGCUAUUCCAGGAUGUAACUUACCAGGUGUAUGUUCGGACCCGACCAUACUUUCGAGAAUUCCUGGAACGAGUUGCUAAUUUGUAUGAAGUGAUCCUUUUCACGGCAUCCAAAAAGGUGUAUGCUGACAAGUUGAUGAAUUUGCUGGACCCUGAAAAAAAACUUAUCAAGCACAGGCUGUUCCGAGAGCAUUGUGUGUGUAUCAAUGGCUACUACAUUAAGGAUUUGACCAUUCUUGGCCGAGACCUCUCCCGUACAGUAAUCAUCGACAAUUCACCGCAGGCCUUUGGUUAUCAGCUGGACAACGGCAUCCCUAUUGAGAGCUGGUUUGUAGAUCGCAGUGAUACCGAAUUAAUGAAGCUUCUGCCAUUCUUGGAGAAUCUCUGCCGCUUGAAAGAGGAUGUUCGACCUCACAUAAGAGAUCGCUUCCGCCUCCACACCAUGCUUCCUCCAUGAGUAGAUCUGUGACCUAUUGUUGCCUCCCAUUUGAACACCUAAAAAGAUAGCUGCUUCUUGUUGAAGUUUCAGGGAGAGACAAUUUGAUAUCAAGUCCAGCUGUUUGAAAACCGUUGUCAUCAUACAUCAGAAUUUUAAAAAAACACAUUGAAACUGCAAGCAAUAUGUAACACUGAAAUAAAGGAUUUCAGUAUUGUGCGGUACAUGAGUACCAUAUGAGGAUCAUCAGGGUUUCAUACUAAAAGAAUCGAGAUAUCCUGGACCAUUUACAGUUAAAUCACUUGCCUCGUGAAUAAUGAGUCAUUUUUUUUUUUUAAAAGCAACACAUCUGAUGUUGACUGCAUUUGAGGUUUUCUGUGGUGCAAAUUUUUGCCUGAUACAGACUAGAUGUUUUAUGGUAUACGAUUUGUUGCAUACCCAUUAACUUAAGUACAAUCAUGUUUGGUCACAGUGAAGGAAGAUGUUGGAAGAACUCUUCUAGACAGUCCUAGUGCAGGACUACUAUCUUUUAAAACUACACAUUUGUUGCAGGAGGAAAGUUCUAUUUACCCACUUUUGCUUUGCGUUUUACUGUGAGCUUGUUAGCAUUUUGUUUCCUAGAGUAUGCCUUCAGCCUUAGAAGUCUUGAUCCUCAAGGGCAGUAUUUUAAUAUGUUUUUCACUUUUGCACUUUCAAUUGAUAUGGCAGAUUUUUGGUUGGUUGGUUGGUUUUUUUCUUUUUGGCAAGUCAUGCUUUUGGUCACAUUUUAUCUUGUAAACCAAAAGAACUUUGCCUAAAAAAAAAUGGGACCAUUAGCAUCUCUUUGUAAGGAGCUUCAUUGAGAGUAGCUGUUGACCUGGGAGUCUGGAGUCAAGUUUUUUUUUUUUUUUAAAUGAAUAAGUCAUCUUUAAAUGUUAUAGCCAAUUAUUGCAGAUAACUAUAUGCUGCAGACUCAUUAGCACUGUUAGUUUUGCAUCUGCAGGAAUAAUCUAUAAAAUUAUUAGCUACAGUAAUUAGUAGCUUUGUUUUAGCUUUGUAUAGUCUCAGCGGCGAUGUUUAAGUGCUUGUCAUCAAUAGAGCAAGCACUUGCUACCCUGGAUUCUGAUAUAAUAUCACCAUGUCUUUUCUCAUCACAUGGCACCUAUUUACUAAGCCUGCUGCUUUUUCUUGAUAAUUUAGCAUUGGUAGGAGAUGGCAUGAAAAAUCAAUUCCCCAUCUUUUUGUCCUUUCACAUUAUUGUUCAUUCAAAAGGGCACAGCUUUUUUAUUUGUGAUGAUAACAGACUUGAACAGCAUGCUAAGUCAUUUCACUCAUAAACACAUCAGCAUGAUCUGCAUGUUAGUGUUGGUUUCCAAUCCUGUUGCAGUGCCUGUCAUUACCAUUAAUACCAGCAAUAACCAGAAGUUCUCUUAUUACAGUCUUUUAGGGGGUUGUUAUUUCUCUUACUAUCAUACUGGGGUGUUGGGGUUCAUGGUGAAUAACAAUGACGGGCUAUGAUUUGCUAUUUUGGAAAGUCCAUCCCCUCAUAUUGGCUUAGAUAUAUGUUGUUGCUGUAAUGUUACAUCACUAAUUGAUUACAUCAUUAUGUACAAAGUCUUGCAUUUAUUUGUGAAUAGUUGUUGUAGCUAGUAAACACAAAACAGUCAUUAACUCAGUGAGUUGCCCUGUGGCAGUUCAUUUCUAUAAAAUUAAUUAUUAUAGCCAAAUAUAACAGCUAAUGAACAUGUAUAGAUGCUCACAAAAGCCAUCCAGUGUGACUACUAUAGACGCAUGCUUGUAAAGUGGUGGGCAGCAGUAAUACAGAUGCUAUUACACUUUUGCAAGCUUGAUGAAUAAACAGAUCUGUUCGCAA